GAUACUGUGGGCGAGCUCUCAUGCAAUCCUUCCAUUGGCGGUGUUGGAAAGGGUACACUAGUGAGGGAAGUCGAUGCUCUGGAUGGCCUCAUGGGCAGGAUCGCAGAUAAAGCUGGGAUACAGUUUCGCAUGCUCAAUGCUUCGAAGGGUGCAGCUGUUUGGGGACCUAGAGCGCAGGUAGACCGUAAAAUCUACAAGCGCCAUAUGCAAGACAUCAUUUUUAGCUAUACAAACCUGGAUGUACGUGCUGCGAGUGUGUUUGACCUUGUGUUUGACAACAGUCCCUGCUCAUCCACAUCCUCGUCAACGUGGGGGACCGUUACGGGCGUCCGCCUAGAGACAGGAGAUGUCAUCAGGUGUUCCAAGGUCGUUGUCUGCACUGGGACCUUUCUCAGCGGUGAAAUCCACAUUGGGAUGCGUCGCAUACCUGCAGGACGUAUCGGAGAGCACCAUCCACAGGUCUUUCUGCAUCCCUCAACGCAGCAGGGUUUAAACUUGGACGCCUG